GAUUGAAUUCCCAAAUCAUCCUUGCCACGGUCCACCAGCCUUUUUGACUAUGCUCUUCCUCGUUCUGCUCACAGACUUGUCUUCUUUCUCCUGUAAAAUGCCUUUUAAUUGGUGCGCACUCUCUCCUGUUUCACCCACUGAAAGCCCUAACUCGUUCAGUUGCUUCUAACCUCACUCGCUGUGUUCCAACUCGUGUUAGCAAUGAGCCGAAUCAGGAGAAUCAAGAUCCUCGACUCAUACUACCCUUCCAUCUAUGUCGGAGAAGCUUCCAUUUUUACUCCUAAGAUGCUAGCUUUUCCCUCAUUUGUAGUAGAAGAGGAAUCUGAGGAUCUCAGUUUUGCUCUUGACCUUUUAACCCCCAAGCUCGACCCCUUUGAGCUCUUCGAGUCGGUUUCCGAUCUGAUACAAAUCGACAAAGCUUCGUCUUUUUGCUCCUACAAGAGGAUCCAGAAACGGGUCGGGACCGAGUUGUACUUGCAGACUUUAUGUGAUCGAGUCAGCGGUCUUGAGUCGAGGUUUGACCGCUUGAUCAACGGGAAGGUUCGUGGAGAGGACCGGAAGUACACAUUGACAGCGGAGAUCAAGGGGCCAGUGGAGAGGAAGUACAAGUGGACUGCGGAGAUAAAAGAUGGAAAGAAAAAUAAGGAAGAGAAGAAAGCGGGAGUUGAGAAGAACUACAAAUGGACCGCUGAGGUGAAAGGAAAAGAAGCGGAGCAUCCAAUCUCGCGGAAGUACACAUUCGAAGUUUCCAGUGGCGAUGCAGGUGAGUGUAGCGGAUCAGGAAAGAAAGAGAAAAAGGAUAAGGAGAAGAAAGAAAAGAAGGGAGGUAAUGAAGUGCGUCUGGUGGAGAUUGAAGAACACUGUGAUCAUGGGGUUGUGGCUCUUAGACAGGCGUUUGCGAAGAGAGCUAGAGCUUCCAAAAUUAGUAAAGGAAAGCAGACGGAGUUGUCUCGUCAAGAUGCUGCAUUGUUGAUCCAGAUGACCUUCAGAGCCUAUCUGAUCCGUAGAUCAAAGGCUCUUCGUGCCCUUAGAGAGCUGGCAAUUGCCAAGGCGAAAUUGAAGGAAAUCAGAGCUUUGUUCAACAAUUUCUCCUACCGCAGACAAGUAGCCCGUGAUGCAGAGGAGCGCCAGAGGUUCUCUGAAAAAAUUAUUGUGUUGCUCCUCACUGUUGAUGCCAUUGAGGGAGCUGAUCUGAUAGUGCGAGCUGCAAAAAAGUCCAUGGUGGAUGAGCUAGAGGCAAUGCUUGAUGUGGUGGACCCCCAGCCUCCUGGGAAAUCACUUUCCAUAAAAAGGCGGACAUUUGAUAUGCCUGAUGGUGUUAACAGCAAGGAAAUAGCGGAAGGUGUGGCUCAGGUUGUGCAAAUGAUUGAUAAUGAUCUCACUAGCACUUUUGAGGCAUGCCUGUGAUGACAUGGAUUUGUUAUGGAUCAUCCCAUCACGGGGUUUGCUUCGUGUCCUGACUCUUUGUUGUGCUGUUGUAAACUAUGGAGAUGAUCUAAUAUGGUCAGCUGUCGAUUGGUUAGCUGUGCUCCUUCAGAUGAGGACUAAUUCUACUAGCUUGUUGCUGUAUUUCCAUUUACUGUUUCAUUUGAAUAUGCUUAUGUCUCAGCUUUUUCAUGAAUUUCCCAGCUUAAAAACAGUGGAUUUAGCUGCAAAUUUCUAUUAUUGGUCAGCAUAGCCUGAGCUGCGGUGAGAUGAUAAUUUUGAAUGAAUCCAUCUUCUCCGUC